AUUUCAUAAGUCCAGUCCAUACAGAGUCGCCAAACAUAUCUAAAUAUAUAUUAUAAAAUACCUGACGUCCCAAGUUCAUAUUGCCAAGUUUUUAAAAUAUCUCUAUCAUCAUGAUCAUGAGGGUAUCUAUGGCCAUGUGCAAACAGACAUUGCCUCCUUCGACGGCGUUAAACUUCCCCCCGGCAAACUUUGGUCCCAAUAUGCUAACUCUAAGCCCAUCCGGUCCAAAGGAUAAAGUCGUGGUCAUCAUGGGUGCUACCGGGACAGGCAAGUCACGACUCUCCGUUGAUCUAGCCACUCGUUUUCCUGCUGAGAUCAUAAACUCUGACAAGAUUCAAGUUCACCAAGGACUCGACAUUGUCACAAACAAGAUCACGACCGAGGAGAGUUGCGGGGUACCGCACCAUCUCCUAGGUGUCUUGCCUCCUGAAGCUGAAUUAACCGCUGUAAACUUCCGUCAUAUGGCGAAUCUCUCAGUUGAAAGCAUCCUUAGUCGUGGAAAGCUUCCAAUCAUCGUUGGAGGUUCCAACUCUUACGUUGAGGCUCUAGUAGACGACGAAGACUACAAAUUCAGGUCGAGAUACGAUUGUUGUUUUCUAUGGGUUGACGUGGCACUUCCCGUUUUGCACGGGUUUGUAUAUGAGAGAGUUGAUAAGAUGGUGGAAAAUGGAAUGGUCGAAGAAGUUAGAGAUUUUUUUGACUACUCGGAUUCUGAGUACUCAAGAGGGAUCAAGAAAGCAAUCGGAGUUCCAGAGUUCGACAACUUUUUCAGGAAUGAACCGUUCUUAAACAUGAGAGACAGAGAAGAGUUGCUGAGUAAAGUGGUAGAUGAGAUAAAGAGAAACACUUUCGGAUUAGCUUGCAAACAGAGAAAUAAAAUAGAACGGUUGAGAAAGAUCAAGAAAUGGUUUAUUCAGAGACUGGAUGCGACUCCGGUUUUCACAAGGCGUAGGUCAAAGGUGGAUGCUGACGUGGCGUGGGAGAGGCUGGUGGCUGGACCAAGCACCGACGCUGUGUCACGGUUCCUGCUCGACUUUGCCAGUCCUCGACCGCUAGUGGAAGCAUUAACCGCGCUGGCUAGGGAACGCGAGAUGUCGCGGUGC